AGGUCGCUGUUGAGCGGAAGACACACAUCCAUAUACACACAUACACACACUCUCUCUCAUACACACGGGAUUUAUACUAAGAACAAGCAGGCAGGCGGCAGGGAACAUCCCCGACGUCCCUUUCCUCGUCCGUUCGAGUAUUUCACAGAGCCAAAUGCCCGGUCCGACCCAAGCUCUGUCCCCCAAUGGAGAGAACAACAACGACAUCAUUCCGGACAGCAACGGCACCAACAUCAUUCCCUACAGAAAGAACACAGUGCGCGGAGAGCGCGCCUACAGCUGGGGGAUGGCGGUCAAUGUUUAUUCUACCUCAAUCACCCAGGAGACUAUGAGCAGGCAUGACAUCACAGCCUGGGUGAACGAUCUGCUCUGUCUAAACUACACUAAAGUGGAGCAGCUGUCAUCAGGAGCUGCGUACUGUCAGUUCAUGGACAUGCUGUUUCCCGGCUGCAUCAGUCUUAAGAAGGUGAAAUUCCAGGCCAAGUUGGAGCAUGAGUACAUCCACAACUUCAAACUCCUGCAGGCCUCCUUCAAGAGGAUGAAUGUUGAUAAGAUCAUCCCUGUAGAGAAGCUCGUCAAGGGACGAUUUCAAGACAACCUGGACUUCAUUCAGUGGUUCAAGAAGUUCUUUGACGCCAACUACGACGGGAAGGAGUACGACCCGGUGCAGGCCAGACAGGGCCAGGAUGCCAUUCCCCCUCCAGACCCCGGCGAGCAGAUUUUCAACCUGCCAAAGAAAUCCCACCAUGCCGCCAGCUCUCCCACCGCAGGAGCUACUAGAUCAACCAGUUCAACCCCUAAAUCCUCCACCUCGACCUCCCGACCCUCCUCUGCCAAAAAGAUCCCUGUGAUGUCAGCGACACCCGCUAAAGGAGAGAAGGAGCUGGAAGCCCAAGUAACACAACUAAACGAACAGCUCAAUACAUUAAAGCUAGCACUAGAAGGAGUGGAGAAGGAGCGGGAUUUCUACUUUGGGAAACUGAGAGAGGUGGAGCUGCUGUGUCAGGAGCAGGGCCAGGACAACGGGCCCUUCGUGGAGAGACUCAUGGAAGUGCUGUACUCUGCAGACGACCAGGAGGCAGGCGGAGAGGAACAUGAGGCUCCGGCUCAGGAGGAGGACGUCCCUGACGACACGCAGGACGAAUACUGAACAGCUGUCAAUCAAACAGACACCUGAACAUACAUGCACUCCAUCAGAAAACUGCUUCUGGGUUCAUUUUCCUCCAACUCAUGACGGUUUAUUUCUCAUUUGCUCUCGUGAUAAAGGAAUGAGACCAAUUGGCCAAAUAUUCAAACGUGUCUUUUCAUUUCGAAGCCCUGUUUAAUUGCAUCAUGACUAUUAUGAACAUCCGACAGCAGCUUAAAUGGUGAAUCUUGUUCGUGUGAAGCCCGUGAUAACAACCACUGCACAUCAGCUCCAUUCGGUUUUUACUUUAACUGAAGUCUGUUGGCGUUUCCACCUGCUGUUUGUCAUCUCACCGCGCCGAUGAAGGAGAAUUGACCUGUUUUAAGAAGUGACAUAUCGAACCAUUUCAUUUUAAAGUACUGCAAUAAGAGUAGCUGGAAGAGCUACCAAUACCAUUUGUGAAAUAGUUUCCUUAAUAGAUGAAUCAUUGGUUGUCACAGUAAAUUGCAUUAUAACCUAAUGCAUUUUGGUAAUUUAAACUCAAUUUUUCUCCUUGUUAGAUUAAAUAAACUCAUUUUUCUUUACAGAGGUGGAAGCCAAUCGCAGUGUUUGAUAUAUUUUCUUUUGAAUGUGCAAUCCGUAUUCGCGUCUAAACGUUUUACUUUAUAUGUACAGUAAAAGAAGCAGCCGUCAUCUGAAGAAAACAAUGCAUUUUGAAGAUUUUUUUGUUAACUGUUGUUCCAGGCACAGGUCUUCUGAACAGAAAACAGCAUUCUCGUGAUCUCCGUCAAUAUUCUCCACAGGUCAACGCUUACGUCAUUUAUUAUUGUGUACAAUGAAAAGGAAUGUAAACAUAUGUACUGUUAAUAAUUAUAAAUAGACAAUGUUUUUCUUUUUAUUUCCCUCACAGUAUCUUCCCUUAUGCAUUCCCCAAAUGUGUUGCAUGUUUGCAUUUUAUUUGUGAAUAACUUGACCUGCUUUUUACAUAUUUAAUAAAAAAAGGAAAAAAAAAAUGUUAAAUGUUUUUUGUAUGUUUAACUUGCUGUUUAAAAUCUCUGGAGAUAUGAUAGA